GUGUGUGUGUGUGUGUGUCUCUCAGCGCCCCAGAGGAAUUUUGAGAUCGCCUUCAAGAUGUUUGACCUGAACGGAGACGGAGAGGUGGAUCUGGAGGAGUUUGAACAGGUCCAGAGUAUCAUCAGGUCUCAGACCAGUAUGGGGAUGCGUCAUCGGGACCGCUCCACUACGGGUAACACCCUGAAGACUGGCGGCUGCAGCUCCGCUCUUACCACCUAUUUCUUUGGUGCUGACCUGAAGGGUAAACUGACCAUAGGCCAUUUCCUGGAGUUCCAGAGGAAGCUACAGCAUGACGUCCUUAAACUAGAGGUGGGUGGGGCAGAAACAGGAAGCUAGGAAGGAGGAGAGAUU